GGAGUUUGGCUUGGCUUUUUGGAGAAACAAGCAUCGAAACAACGCCCGACGUCAUACGUUUUUAACCCACUAGCUUCACACCGUCCUGCAAUCUUGCCAAAAUUCCCCCACCAUGACCGAUCAACAGGAGCAAGAGCUAUCUACAUCUCUCGAUUCUUCGUCCUCUAUAGGAUCAAGCUUGAGCGAAAACAAUAAAAUGUACAAUAAGCUGAAGAGGCAAGGAUCACGAAGUUCUGUACUGGCAACUCGUCCUGGCCGAUCGCAGUCGAUAUCCAAAGACAGUCAGAAGCAAGUCAUGAAUGAAGACCCCGACACGAAGACAUGGUCUCGACAUAAGAAGCACUUUUUCAUACUGAGUAGCGCAGGAAAGCCCAUAUGGACAAGAUAUGGUGAUGAAGCAGGCAUUUCAUCUCUAAUGGGUGUCAUCCAAGCAAUCAUUUCAUUUUUCCAAGCUGACGACGAUAGUGUAAAAUGCAUGAACGCUGGACAUCACAAAUUUGUCUUUCAACUAAAAGAUCCACUGUAUCUUGUGGCCGUGGCUAAGACAGGAGAAUCCGAAGCACAUUUGCGAGAUCAAUUAUUAUACUUGCAUAGUCAAAUCUUGAGCGUUCUAACCAGUCUGCAGCUUACCAAAAUCUUUGAACAGCGCAUCAACUUCGACCUCAGGCGCUUACUCAGUGGUACAGAAGUGUUUUUGGACAGUCUUUCGACUCUCUUUAAUAAUGAUCACGGGUUCAUGCUGGGAGCCUUACAGUGCUUGAGAGUCUCAAAAACGUUGAGAGAUCAAAUUGGGAACGCGCUCGCCGAUGGACGUCCCAAGGAUCUAUUAUAUGCUAUCAUUGUGUCCAACGGCAAGCUGGUCACUCUGUUACGGCCUAGGAAGCACAGUCUUCACCCUUCAGAUUUACAUUUACUGUUUAAUAUGUUGACUGGAUCAACAACCUUUCGGACCGCAGAAUCGUGGACCCCGCUUUGCCUUCCAAAACUCAACUCCAAGGGAUUUCUUCAUGCCUACAUUUGCUAUAUAGAAAGAGACACAGCUGUUGUCAUGAUAAGCACAAAUAAGGAUAGCUUUUUCGAGUUGAGCGAUUGGAAGAAGCAGAUUGUAGAGACUUUGACGAGCUCUGGUGCACUGCUGAAGUUGCAGCAGGCCGCUGAUGAAUCAUAUUCUGCCAGUGACAUUGGAAUACCGGCUCUGCGACACUUUAUUUAUAAGUCUAAGAUGCAUAUACAGUUCACCUGUCCCGAGUUAGAGGCUCCGUAUACGAACCCAGUCAACCGGCGUCGCCUACACCGUCUUUAUCAGCGUAGUCAUGAUCGCCUGCAUUCCAAGACACGACCGUUGAAGCUAUAUUAUUUGGCGGGAGAGCAUGAAUCUAUUCUAGGAUGGAUCACUUCUUCGUUCGAGCUCUAUGUUGUGUUCAAUGCUACCGUGCCAAAAUCCACGGUCAUCACCAGCUCCAAUCAUUUGCUGCGAUGGAUCAAAAAGCAUGAAGACAUGCUAUUCAUUUUGAACUCGCCAGUUUUUUAAAAACAAUAUGAUACAAUUUAUUAACGUCUAAAAUUUCUCAUCACCUUCCUCUGUCUCACGCAAGCUCAUGAUUUCAAUUGUAGCUCUGCCCUUUGUAUCCGCCUGC